GUUGAACCCUUUUCUUCCCUACCGUCUCCAAUUCUUGAAGCCCAUCCACAAUCUCUCUCUUCCUUCCAUACUAGCAUUUCUGAUUCUGCUCCUUUUCCUAUUUAUUCUCACCUCCUCUUUCUCUAUCACUCUACCCCAACCCUUUCUGCUUCAGUUAAACGUCUGCGCCGCGAAAAGACUCCAUUUUUAUACCUCCUUUUUUCUCAAUUUCCGCAGUCCCUUCUUCUCCAUGUUGUUUCAACUGAAAAUCUUGCUCGAGGGCUCAAUUCCCCCCCUUUGUAGUUAAUUUCAUGCUCAUAGCUAGAUUCCCAUUUAUGUUUUCAGAUGAAUUUUUCUCAGGUUUCUGACCCACACCACAACCCCCCCUUUUUUAUCAUCUGACAUGGUUUAAUAGAUCUUCACGUCUUCAAGAUUUUCUGAGUUUCUCUGGGCGUAGAGGGUUCUUUGUAUCUCUUGAGUAUUGGGUUAUCUGUUAGUCAAAGUUGGCUUAAAAUUCUUUCUGAAUUUUGGUGUUUUUGUUGAUUUUUUUUCGGUAUGGUAUCUUUUAUCAGCUAAUCUAUACCUUAAGCUAUGGCUGUGAAUGAGCGUUAUUUUGUGGAGUGGAAGGAGCAAUAUGUGUCGAAGGAGAGGGGCAACCGCGUGGUUCACUAUUUUUUGAAAGAUAACUCAGGGGAAUCAAUUCUUGCUGUUGUGGGUACUGAAAGGAGUGUUAGGCACAUGUUCUAUGUUGUAUCGGAUGAGUUCUUUAGCGCCCACGGGGCUGAUAACUCGGUGCAGGCCGGAUUCAGAUGGAGGUCGAGGAGGGAGGUGGUGAACUGGCUUACUUCCAUGUUAUCAAAGCAACAUCGGCAAGGAGAUCGCUCAAUGUCCCCAAAAGGUAACAAUACUGCCGAAUUAAAUGCUCAGCGCACUCAGAUGCUAUCUCAUAAGGGACGCAUAGCUAGGAAUUUGAAAGGUCAUCAUUUAGACAUUUCAUGGUCAGGUUCCUCUUGGGCUUGUGGUAAACAAUUGAAGCAUUACUCGGAAUUUCGCAGGAAUGGGAUUUCAAUAACAGUUCAUUCAUUUGUCUUUGUAAUGGCUGAGAAAGAUAAUCGCUAUAUUGCAUAUUUGGAGGAUAUGUAUGAAGACAGAAAGAGCCAGAAAAAGGUCAAAGUGAGAUGGUUCCAUCAUAAUAAGGAGGUGGAGGGAGUUGUGGCUUUACGUAAUCCUGAUCCCAAAGAAGUCUUUAUCACUCCUUACAUACAGGUGAUCAGCGCUGAAUGCGUUGAUGGCCCAGCCAUAGUUUUAACUCGUGAACACUAUGAGAAAUGUGUGGAAGUUUUUCCACACGAUUUGUUAGGUGGACUUCAUUACUGUUUCAGACAGUUCAAGGUUAAUAGAGUAAAACAAUUCAAACUUAGUAAAUUGCGGGGAUAUUAUGAUCAAGCAAUAUUCUCGUGCUUCAGCCCUGAUUUUUUUGAGGAAGACGAGUUUAGCUCUGAGGACGAUGGAAAAGUGGGAUCUAAAAGGAAUAGAAGUUCCAGAGAGGAUCAUAAAUCAGACCAAGAUCUAUCAGACAAGAAAUACGGUCCGCUGAGCAGGGAGACAAAUUUUCUCAAGCAUGUUGAUGGCCAAUUUCGGCAGAGACCUUUGUUACAGAAUGAAAAGGCGGAGUUUCUUUGCCAAGACAGUGGUAUGCGUGGCUGCUGGUUCAGAUGUACAAUCGCAGAGAUCUCGAGGAGACAGAUGAAAAUUCUGUAUGAAGAUAUCAUGGAUGAGGAUAGUGGCACCAACCUCGAGGAAUGGAUUCCUACGAAUAGAGUGGCUAAGGCUGAUAAGCUGGGGAUGCGGUAUGCUGGCCGCCUCACUGUCAGACCUGCCAAUCCCUGCAACGAAGGGAGCCCAACCUAUGGAGUUGGAGAUCCAGCUGAUGCGUGGUGGAGUGAUGGUUGGUGGGAAGGGGUCAUCUCUGACACUAGCGAUGGCGAAAAUGGAAUCUACAAGAUUUAUAUUCCAGGUGAAGAUAUGUACCUGAUAAGUGAGGUGAAGAAUUUAAGAGUUUCAAGAGAUUGGGUUGGCGAUAAGUGGAUGGAUAUCGAGCCAAAUCCUAACAUUCUUUGCGUCAUAUCUUCAACGAGCACUGAUACUAAGCUCUCAACAUCGUCUGCUGCUUCCAAGGAAGCCAAAUCGGAUAACUCUCCUACCUCUGUUGAUAAAUUUGUUGCCAGUAAUAAACUGUGUGUGGUUGACGAAGCGAUUCAUGAGCUAGCGGGCAUGACACUGACCAACGUCCCCCUGAAAGACGAAUGCACCGACGCUGAGCAGCAGAAGUGUGUAGAUGAAGCCGAGGAGAAGGAAAACUCUAACAGCAUCGAGCAAGAGAUGGGGAACGCUGGCAGUGACGUCUUAGGCGCUGUUAACGUCAAUGGAGACGACAACAACUUGGUGGAAUGUGAGAUUGCUGAGGUGAAAUGUGAAGCAGAAGCUACUGAGAUGCUGCUAACUGGCUGUUAGUUAAUGAAUAAAGUCUUGUUUAGGCUAUGGUAAUAGAAUUUUACUACAAUAGAUGUACAUUUAUGGUAAGUAAUUUCUUCAUGUAUAGAAAUUAGAAACAAGGCCAUCCACCAUUCAUGUGCACUCUCCUCUAUAUUAAUCAUGAAUUUUCUCAUUA